UCUUUACCAAUCACCUCCUUGUUUGCAUAAUUGACUGUCUCUGCUUGCCUCUGCUCUGACUUACAAUGGCUGAAGCCCAGCGCUUUGUUCUACAGGAUGAGUUUACCUGCACAGUUUGUCUGGACACACUAACUGACCCGGUGACACUGCAUUGUGGUCACAGCUUCUGUCUGAAGUGCCUCACUGAUUACUGGGAUCAGAGCCAAGAGUGCAUCUGUCCUCAGUGCAGACAUAUCUUCAUCCCGAGGCCUGAACUGCACAGAAACAAUGUACUGGAUGAAGUCAUAAAGAAACUGAAGAAGACAGAAAUCAGUCCUCCUCCUGCUGGCCCUGGAGAUGUGAAGUGUGAUGUCUGCACUGGGAAGAAGUUCAGAGCAGUGAAAUCAUGCCUGACCUGCACGUUGUCCUUCUGCCAGACUCACCUCUGGCCUCACUGUAAUAAAGAUGCCUUGAAGGAUCACAAGCUGAUUAAUCCAGAUGGACAUCUAAUGAAAACACUUUGUACAAAAGAUCAGAAGUGUCUGGAAUUUUUUUGCAAAUCAGAUGAGGUCUGUGCGUCGACUGGACACAGAGUUCAUAAAUCAGUCAAUCUGGAGAAAGCGGAAACAAGGAAACAGAAUCCAGUGGGGGUGCUAGUGACAAGAAUUCAAAAGAGAUUCCAGGAGAGUGAAAUGAAAAUGCAAGAAAUGAAGGAGACGGUGGAGUUGAUUAAGGUAUCUGCAGACAAGGAGGUCCAGGAAAGUGAGGAGAGCUUCACAAACCUGAUCUGCUAUAUUAAGGAAAUGCAGAAAAUAGUGACAUGGAAAAUUAGAGAGCAAGAAAUGAGUAAAGUGGACAGGGCCCAAAAAAUCAUGAAGCAGCUGGAGAAAGAGAUGGAGGAGCUGAGGAGGAGAGACACUGAGAUGACAAAGCUUCUAGAGACUGAUGACUGCAAGGUGACUACUAGAGACUACUUCCACAAGGCCUGCUCAUCUCUUGAUGUCUUUCUUAAAGACAAGGCCACACUCAAAGUUACUGUUCCUGCUCUCGUCUCUUGUGAGAACAUGAGGAAGGAAAUUUUGUAUGUGAAGGGCCAUCUGGAGAAAAUGCACCAGUGGUACUUUGAGAACGUAACUCAAUCAGGAAGUAAACCACCGGAUUGUUUACAGUUUUCCACAACACCUCAGACAAGACUGGAGUUUCUGCGGUAUUCCUGUCCACUCACGCUGGACCCCAGCACAGGACACAGACACCUCACUUUCUCUGAAGUCAACCGAAAGGUGACAUGUCAUUGGAAACAAAGCCAGUGUUCUUUUCAUCCGGACAGAUUUGACUUCUGGCCCCAAGUUCUGUGUGGACAAGCGCUGUCUGGGACUCGCUUUUACUGGGAGGUGGAGUGGAAUGGGCUGUGGGCUUCAGUUGGAGUCACAUACAAAGGAAUUGGCCGGAACAGCGAUGGUGCCGAAUGUCGUCUUGGAUAUAAUAACAAGUCCUGGAGUUUAUUCCGCUUUAAUUCCCGUUACUUGGUGUGUCAUAAUAAUAAGGAGACGGUAAUCAGUGCCGCACGGAGCCCCCGAAUAGGCGUGUAUCUGGACUACCCUUCUGGCUCUCUGUCAUUUUAUAGCAUCUCAGAUACAAUGAUCCACCUGUACACAUUCAAGACCACCUUCACCGAGCCGCUCUAUCCAGGGUUUGAGGUUGGACUUGGUUCUAGUGUGACAAUCUGCUAUCUGGGCACCUCUGACUAGCGACUUCUGCGGCCACUUCAUGUUUCUGUAAGAUGCCAUUUCCUGUCACAAAUUGUCCAUUAGCUCAGAAUUCUGACAGCACAUCCCAACUUCCUGACAACACAAACCCCAAGAAAGCCGACGUCAACAGCUUGAGUGGUCGAAAGGGAAAUCAGUUAGAGGCACACAGUUUCUCACUUGCAUUGAAAUGUUAAGAAAUAUUUUAAAAUGAAAAAAAUCACACCGCUGCUUGAUGUAUUUACUUGUUAAAACUAAUACAAAACAUUUUAAUCA